GAGCUCACUUGCGGCCCAAACCGGAACUGCGCUCUAGCCGUUGAUUGGCCGGAGGGAGGCAUGCAAGGGGCGGGGCUUAGGAUUUAAAAAGACAGUGCCCAUUUUUAAACUUGGUUCCCUCCUUGCAAGGAUUCAAGAGGCUUCUUCCUGGAGGAAAAGGAUUUGGAGGGAAGAGACCUCUUCUUCCGGGAAAUGGAGGCCUCUGGGGAGCCCCCCAAGGAAUCUCAGACCUCCUCUAUUGAGGCAGCAGUGAGUUCCAGCGUUGAUCGCGACAAAGGGCCGAGUGGGGAAAAAGAUGGCGACCCAAACAAUGCAGAAGCAUCGGAGAGCUUGGAGCCGGGAGCACCUCCAGCCCCGGUGUUGGAGUCGUCUUCCGCCAAGCCAGCAACAAAAACGAAGAAGAGGAAGAAGACGAGGAAGGACUGCUUCACGGGUGAGAAGUGUCGGUUCGGCUCCAAGUGUCCCUGGCAGCACGAUCGCCAGAAGUACCUUGCCACCAAGCCACCGGACAUUGGAGACUGCUGCAUUCUCUUUUCGCUGUUCGGCAAGUGCCGAUAUGGGAUCGCCUGCCGCUUCGGUGGGGCCCACUUGGGAUCGGACUUCCAGAACCUGGUCAACGAAGAGCUGUGGAUGGUACACAUGACGAACCCAACUGUGAAGAACCGUAUGCUUCACCUUGCCGGAGAGCUGAAAGCGUUUCCCUUUCGCAAGUCCAAAGACUACCUCCAAUGCCUCGUGAAGGCUGCAGGAGAGAAGGGAAUACCCCGUCCUCUUGAUUCCAAAUCCGAUUUGCCACCAAAAAUUCCUCUGUUAAUGCCCCCCAAGACUCCGCCCACCCUCGGUGUCCUGACAGAUGAGGACCUUAUAAGGCUGAGGCCCUGCGAGAAAAAAAAGUUGGAUGUUCUUGGGAAGCUUUACUUAUCCCCCUUAGCAGAGUGGGGCAACCUCCCUUUCCGGAGGAUUUGCAAGCGGUUUGGAGCGGACAUCACCUGCGGCGAGAUCUUUUCUUCCGACAAGUUUUGCCAGGGGGAGCUGGAGCAGUUUGCAGGAUCAGUACACCGUCAUGAAUCGGAAGACUUUUUUGGCAUCCAGAUAGAAGGAUCUGAUCCCGAACACAUGGUCAAAUGCACAGAAUUCCUCAAUGAGAAGGUCCAAGUGGAUUUUGUGGACAUUAACGCCGAAAAUUCCCAGUUGUAUGAGACGGGCGGAGGAUGUGCCUUAAUGGAUCAUCCCAUCAAAUUUGAACAGAUUGUCCGUGGCAUGGACUACGUGUCGAACGUUCCUAUAACAGUGAAGCUGAGGAGCGGCAUAGACCUGGAGGAGAAUCUGGCUCACACCCUCAUCCCCAAUCUCCAUCAUUGGGGAACCGCUAUGGUCACGCUUCACGGACGGGCAAAAGCAACGCCAUUCAAAUCGCCAGCGGACUGGGACUACAUAUCACAGUGUGCCAAGAUCGCCAAACCGAUGCCACUUUUUGGGUGUGGGGAUAUUUUCUCCUUUGAAGAUGUCUUAAAAGCCAAGAAAACCGGCGUUUCGGGGGUCACGAUUGCAAGGAGUGCCUUAGUCAAGCCGUGGAUCUUCACCGAAAUCAAAGAGCUGCGGCACUGGGACAUCUCCUCCCGGGAACGACUGGACAUGCUCAAAGAGUUCACGAACUACGGCUUGGAGUAUUGGGGGACCGACACAAAAGGUGUGGAGAGAACCCGGGCUGCCCUCGUGCAGUGGCAGCAGUUCCUCUGCAGGUACAUCCCCGUCGGGUUACUGGAGCACUGCCCUCCAAAAUUCGGCAACAGACGCCCUGUUUCUUUGUCUGGAGACUACUUGGAAGUCUUAAUGGCAAGCAAUAGGACAUCGGAUUUUGUGAAGAUCAGCGAGAUGUUCUUGGGUCCAAUCCCGCCUGGCACCACCUUCUCGAUAGCACAAAAUAUGAAAAACUAUGCACUGUAGUGGAAGAAGCAGCAAAUGUACAUGUUGCAAUAUUUUUUGUGCUAGUUGUUUAAUAAAAUGUAAACUUAUGUA